AGGUCAUUUGUUUUUAUUUAUUAAAAAUGUGAUUCUUUGAGGGAGAGAUGAAUGUGGCAAGGAAUCAGAACUAAGGAUGCUACUUGUGUGUUGUGUGGGGCUGAAAAUGAGACUAGAGACCAUUUGUUCUUCUCAUGCUCUUACUCUAGGACUGUUUGGGAUGUUAUUUCCUCCAUGUUAGAAGUUCCAUCCACAUUCUCUUGGCAAUCUGCUUUGUCUUGGUUGUGUCACAAGGCCAAGCGGAAAUCAUUAUACAGCAGUCUUAUAAGAUUAGCAUGGUGUGCAGCAAUAUACCAUAUUUGGAUAGAGAGGAAUACUAGAAUUCACAAACGGACAUUCAAAAGUGAGUUUGCAAUUGUAAGUAAGAUACAAAUAGAUGUCCGUGACAAGGUUGGUAGCCUAGGAGGUGUAAGAAUUGGAAGAGGGGUUACAGAUUGGGGGGUGGUGCUGUGGUGGGUUCUUCAUCUCUCUUCAAGAAGAUCAUUGGGGGAAUUUCAGCCCUCUGUGGAGAUCAGAGAAGAAAACGGAUAUGGGUCCAUGUCCAAAGGUCCACUCGUUGCAGCUGAGGAGAGAGUAUCCUUAUAACUCAUGUUGUUAUAUAUGAUUUAUGUUGCUAUGCUUUAUGUUAUGUUAGCAUUAUGUGACUUCUACAUUUUUGGGACUUGGUUUUGAUCACUGAAUGUAUAGAGUGUAUUUUGAACCUUGUGCUUUUUGUUUGAAAUAAAUUGUAGACACAUGG